AGCCUUAUCGCAUGGAAAAAUUUGACAGGCAGAGAAGAGCCACACAAAUAACAGUUUUUUGAGUUCUGUCUAAAUAAAUGUCCAACUCUGCUCCGUCCACAAGACCUUUCUUGCUUCCUUCUUCUCUCUCUAACACUAUUCCCAUAUCUAAUAAUCGGACAGUCUGAGAAGAGAGGUAAUCAGGUAACUGCUGUUAGUAUUAGUAGUCCUUCAUUUGCUAGUUUCAAUUGAUAUCUCGAAUUCUAACAAUUCAGUGACAUGAAUUUUGGAGAGGGUUUUUGUCAAUUUUCGCUCUGUUGAUAGAUUUUAGAUUGAAUAGAUAGAUAGAUAGAUAGAGAGAGAGCUUGCUUGAUUUCGAUGGGUUCUAUGGUGGUUCUUGUUGGAAGCAUGCCGUCUCUGGCUUCCUUGAUUAGCCUAGGAAGCCAGAGUGUGGCGGCAGUCUCAUCUAGUUCGUGUUCAGAGUCUUAUUCUUCAUCAAUUUCACUUGUUCGUAGAGUUUCUUUAUCAAAAGGCAGUCUUGGUCGGAGAGUUUCUCUAUCAAAACGAACUCUUAGGAGUGCCAAGACAUGGCAUUGUGUUUGUAAAUAUUCAGUCACUACCACAGAUUUCAUUGCUGACCAAGGCCUUAAUUCUAAUAGAAAUAGUAAUUCAUUUAAAGGAGGAAGCUCUAGUGGUGGUGAUGUUGAUAACGAAAUCCUACUUAAGCCUGCUCCUAAGCCUGUCUUAAAAUCUCCAUUGGGGUCUAAAGGUGAAUCCCUUUUGGAUAUGAGCUCUGUUGAGUUGGACACUUCUUCUAGGGAUUCUGAUGAUGAAAGAGAGAGGAAUAAGGUGAUUGAGUCUCUUGGCGAGGUUUUGGACAAGGCUGAAAAGCUUGAAACUUCUAAGCCCACUAGUAGGAAAGAAAAUGGAUAUAUGGAUAAAAUCUCACCAUCUAACAUGCCCACUAAUUCAAGAGUUGCUAAAUCUGAGACUUCGCCGCCUACUCGCAAAACUAAAACUUUGAAGAGUGUGUGGCGGAAAGGGGACAGUGUAGCCUUUGUCCAAAAAGUUGUUAAGGAUGCUCCUAAGACUGAUAAUAAGCUCCUGAAAGAAGAAUCCAUAACAAGGGAAGAGAAAAAGGUAAAUUCUCAACCUGAUGUUCCUUUAAGACCCCUGCAGCCACCCUUCAGACCUCAACCCAAGUUGCAAGCAAGGCCAUCUGUAGCUCCUCCUCCUAUGAUGAAAAAACCUGUUAUCUUGAAGGAUCUAGGGGCAGCUCCAAAGCCACCUGUUGCUGAUGAAGCUGACUUAGGUGCUACAAAAAAUAAUGCAAGGCAGCCUAUUUUGAUUGACAAAUUUGCCCGUAAAAAACCAGUUGUUGAUCCUCUAAUUGCUCAGGCAGUUUUAGCACCCACAAAACCGGUAAAGGGCCCUGCUCUGGGGAAGUUCAAAGACAAAAAGAGAAGUGUUUCACCAGGAGGACCAAGGAGACGAAUUGUUGAUGAUGAUGAUGUUGAAAUUCCUGAUGAGGAAACAUCAGAGUUGAAUGUCUCUAUUCCGGGUGCAGCUACUGCAAGGAAAGGGAGAAAAUGGAGUAAAGCUAGUCGUAAGGCUGCAAGAAUCCAGGCUGCCAAAGAGGCAGCUCCUGUCAAAGUAGAAAUUUUAGAAGUUGGGGAAAAGGGUAUGUUGAUUGAGGAGUUAGCCUACAACUUGGCAACGAGUGAAGGUGAAAUUCUUGGUUAUCUGUACUCGAAGGGGAUUAGACCUGAUGGGGUGCAAACUGUGGACAAGGACAUGGUGAAGAUGAUAUGUAAGGAGUAUGAUGUGGAAGUCAUGGAUGCUGAUCCUGUUAGAUUUGAAGAAAUGGCAAGGAAAAGGGAAAUUUUUGAUGAAGAAGAUCUGGACAAACUGGAAGAAAGGCCUCCUGUCCUUACUAUAAUGGGGCAUGUGGAUCAUGGCAAGACAACCCUAUUGGAUUACAUUCGUAAAAGCAAGGUGGCUGCCAAAGAAGCUGGUGGGAUUACACAAGGGAUUGGAGCAUAUAAAGUUCUGAUACCUGUCGAUGGCAAGUUGCAACCUUGUGUUAUCCUUGAUACUCCUGGGCAUGAGGCAUUUGGAGCAAUGAGAGCUCGUGGAGCAAGGGUGACAGAUAUUGCUGUUAUUGUGGUGGCUGCUGAUGAUGGGAUUCGUCCUCAGACAAAUGAGGCAAUAGCUCAUGCCAAAGCAGCUGGAGUUCCAAUCGUAAUUGCUAUAAAUAAGAUCGAUAAAGAUGGAGCUAAUCCACAAAAAGUCAUGCAAGACCUUGCUUCAAUUGGUCUAAUGCCAGAAGAUUGGGGUGGUGAUAUCCCAAUGGUUCAGAUCAGUGCUCUCAGGGGGGAAAAUGUAGAUGAUUUGUUAGAAACUGUUAUGCUGGUCGCUGAGUUACAAGAAUUGAAGGCUAAUCCUCAUAGAAAUGCCAAGGGUACUGUUAUUGAGGCAGGUCUUGAUAAAUCUAAAGGACCAGUCGCUACGUUCAUUGUACAGAACGGCACACUUAAAAGAGGUGAUGUAGUGGUUUGUGGAGAAGCCUUUGGAAAGGUGCGUGCUUUAUUUGAUGAUGGUGGCAACCGAGUUGAAGAAGCUGGACCAUCUAUUCCUGUACAGGUUAUUGGAUUGAGUAAUGUGCCAAUUGCUGGUGAUGAAUUUGAGGUUGUUGCAUCCCUUGACAUUGCUCGUGAAAAGGCAGAAACACGUGCUGAAUUAUUGCGGAAUGAGCGUAUAUCAGCAAAGGCGGGGGAUGGGAAGGUUACACUUUCUUCCUUAGCUUCGGCUGUUUCAUCAGGAAAGCUGUCUGGAUUAGACUUGCACCAACUGAAUAUUAUACUGAAAGUUGAUGUUCAGGGAUCUAUUGAAGCAGUUAGACAAGCUUUACAGGUGCUCCCUCAAGAGAAUGUCACCCUGAAGUUCCUCUUGCAAGCAACGGGGGAUGUAAGCACAAGUGAUGUUGAUCUUGCCAUUGCUAGUGAAGCUAUUAUUUUAGGAUUUAAUGUCAAAGCACCAGGUUCUGUAAAGAGCUAUGCAGAAAACAAAGGUGUAGAGAUUCGGCUGUAUAGAGUCAUCUAUGAUCUCAUUGAUGAUGUACGAAAUGCAAUGGAAGGACUUCUGCAGCCUGUCAAGGAACAAGAAACAAUUGGCUCAGCAGAAGUCCGGGCUGUUUUUAGCAGUGGCAGUGGUCGUGUUGCUGGAUGCAUGGUAAUGGAUGGGAAAGUAGUAAAAGGCUGUGGCAUUAAGGUUGUUCGAAAUAGAAAGACAGUCUAUGUUGGUGUUCUUGAUUCAUUGAGACGAGUGAAGGAAAUUGUGAAGGAGGUAAAUGCUGGGCUAGAGUGUGGUAUUGGGACGGAAGACUAUGAUGAUUGGGAAGAAGGAGAUAUUAUCGAGGCCUUCAACACUGUUGAGAAGAAGCGGACCCUAGAAGAGGCAUCAGCCUCAAUGGCGGCCGCAAUAGAAGCAGCAGGAAUUAGCUUGUAGAAGAACAUGUGGUUCUAGAAGUGGUAAAAUUUGCUUUUUCCGAAUGGAAUCUAUCAAAGCGUCCUGCGUUCUAACAAUGGGUAACACAAUCAAAUCAGUCUCUAAGAUAGCUCUCUGGAAGGAAAUAUACAAGUAUAAAUGGGUUUCCCUUGGCAUGCAAUUUAUUUCAAGUGCCAGCAGGUGCUUCAUGAUAUGAGUUUGCAGUGAUUUUGUCAAUUGUUGUAUGUUAUUUAUUUUGUUUGUAUAUAAUUUAAUCACAUCUUAGCUUCUUUAUGUAAAGAAGGAACAAUCAUGAAAGUUCCUUUUAAGAUCUCAUAUGCGUAAAAAACACUCUGUAAUAUCAUUACAAGGAGGCAUCAUUUUUUUUCCUCAUAUUUUUAAUGAUGUUGAAAUAUAACGAAAGGUAGUGUUAUAUCUUCAACUUUUAAGUUUC